AUGGACCAAUCCGACGACAGCCAGAGCGACAGCGGCGUGUCCACCGACUUCUCACCGAGCGGCGCCGCCGAAAACGAGACGCCCAUCGAGAGAGAGAUCCGGCUGGCCGCCCUGCGGGAGCAGAGUCUCCGGCGCGCCCGAGGUCUCGGCGAAUCCAACGAGUUUGUGGAGAUCCCUCCUCUGAGGAAGCCCAUCCUCACCCAGGAACUCAACGAGCGCUUCUCCAAGGACCGCGGCAAAGAGAGGCAGAGAGCCGGGAAGAAGAUGGAGCGCGAGAUCAACGCCGAGGCCGAGCGUGAGAAGGUCCUGGUCCAGCUCGGACGGCUGCCUGGAUUUUACGAUAGAGGUCCCAUUAAGCACCUUCAGCAGACAAAACUCAUGUUCGAAUCAUUCCAGGAUGGUAAAGACGUCCAGAGUGGGACGGAAACUCCAAACGCUGAGAGCUCAACCAACGACCUCAAGUCCAGCAGUCCAGAGGAACCGAAGAAGAUCGAGGAACCGAAGAAUAUCGAGGGACCGAAGAAGAUCGAGGAACCGGCAAAAAGCCCAGAGCCAAUAAAGAACAAAGAACCAAAGAGCGAGGAACCUUCUUCCACUGCUUCUUCUGGAAACAUCUUGAACGGUAGGAACCAUUUGAGCUCUGUAGAACCUUCUCAGAAUGUAGACGCCACUGCUCCUAUCGUCUUCUCAUCUCUUAAAGAGAGGAAGCUCAUGUUCGAAUCACUCAAAGAUCCUCAAACAUCCAAAAAUCAGCAGAAUGAGGCGCCCAAACCUCAACGAGAGCGCAGAAAGAGCAUGGAGCUCUUCAUCCAGAACCUGGACGCCAACUUUAGAGCCGUGUACGACACCAGACCCCCUCAGAGCUCCACCAAUCAGAACGCUCCCUCUAAAGCAGCCCCGAAAAAGCCGGAGGUUCAGGAUGAUCCCCCGAGACCCGGCGGUCCGGCUCUGUCGGAGGCGGUGAAGGAGCAGGUGAUCGUCCUGGAGAAUCCGCCGCCCGUCUCACACGCCAACGGACAGACCUGCAGCGCCGCGAGCGUGACGGACUCGGGGAGCGGCGGAUCGUUCGCCGCCGGGACCCAGAACGGUACGGACGGGCGGGACGGCGGCGGCGCGGUGCAGAACCCGUUCUUCAAGCUGCGCUCGUCGCUCUCCACACGUCCAGGAGUGCAGAAGGAAAUCCAGGAGGCCAAACAGAGACACGAGGAGCUGCGCCGACAGAGGAGCAACGUGUACGGAGAGACGGCGGUGGGCACAGUAGCAGGCACGGCGGCGGGCACGGCGGCGUCCAGCAGCGGCCAAUCAGCACGCGCCGAAGCCAACGGCACAGAACACACUCCCAUCAUAACGCCAGUAUGCCAGUCGAGACUCGCUGGUGCACCCGGCGUGGCUGAGGGAGGGCACAGCGGGCAGGGUGCAGCCUCUGCCACCCUGACAGCUCUCUUACAGUCUAAAGGGGGCGCUACAGAAGAAUUUAGAGUGUGGUCCUCCGUACGUGCUAAGGCUCUCCGUAAGAGUCCCGAGUGCACCGGGGACUCGAAAAUAAAACCACCUUCAGAAUCACCUCAGGAACCCAAAGAUCCUCAAACGUCCAAAAAUCAGCAGAACGAAGCACCCAAGCCUUUACGCAGAAAGAGCAUGGAGCUCUUCAUCCAGAACCUGGACGCCACCUUCAGAGCCGCGUACGACUCCAAACCCCCUCAGACCCCCUCCACCAAUCAGAACGCUCCCUCUAAAGCAGCCCCGAAAAAGCCGGAGGUUCAGGAUGAUCCCCCGAAACCCUGCGGUCCGGCUCUGUCGGAGGCGGUGAAGGAGCAGGUGAUCGUCCUGGAGAAUCCGCCGCCCGUCUCACACGCCAACGGACAGACCUGCAGCGCCGCGAGCGUGACAGACUCGGGGAGCGGCGGAUCAUCCGGCGCCGGGACCCAGAACGGUACGGACGGGCGGGACGGCGGCGGCGCGGUGGAGAACCCGUUCUUCAAGCUGCGCUCGUCGCUCUCCACACGUCCAGGAGUGCAGAAGGAAAUCCAGGAGGCCAAACAGAGACACGAGGAGCUGCGCCGACAGAGGAGCAACCUGUACGGAGAGGCGGCGGCCACAGCAGCGUCCAGCAGUGGCCAAUCAGCACGCGGAGACGCAAACGGCACAGAACACACUCCCAUCAUAACGCCAGAACACAUUGAUCUCAUCCUGUUCUAA